UAUUCUAUAUAUCAUUCUAUAUAUCAUUUAAGUAAGUAAACAGCAGGCUACUCCUUUAUUAACAUAAAGUAGCCUGACUGACAAAGCUAAAGAACAUCUUGUUUUAUUUCAGUGCACCUAUAUAACACAUUUCUGCAAAAAAAACCUAAUUAUCCAGGACAACGGAAACUUUUAUUCAGCUGUCCAUGCACCCUUAAAGGUUACGUUUUCAAAGUAGGUCGUGGAAACAUCCCUUACGCGUCCCCUUUAAAUUGCCCACUCUGCGCAAAAAGUGAGGAGUGGUGGCGCGCGCGUAACGCGCGUUUUAUCAUCCAAGACUCUUUUGGUAUGCAAAGCAAUAAUUGACUGCAGAUUAAACGCUUUAACUAACUAUCCUGUGUUAACGUAAUGCAAGAACUACAGAGAAAUCGCAGGGGAGGUACAGUAGACAGACAGGUAGGAGUCGAGACGGGUGCUGUCCAAGGUGCCGCUGCUGCGUUUUGCAUACUGUCUGUUUCCAUGGCAAGAACAUGUUUAUAAUUUGUAGGCGGUCACUUCCCAUUACGCACAUGUUCUAUUUAGGGAGUUUUUAAUGGAGUAAACAAAUCCACAUAUUCAAAAGUUGCGCAAUUUCACCUACUCGCGUUUUAAUGUCACACGUUGACUGUGUAAUUCAGAGAUGUGAUUAAUGCAAACUAAUGCAUCUGUAGCGUCAUUUGUUGCAACCUGUCUGACGCGGAGUGCGUCUUACUGUAGCCUCCUAAUGCCUCCUUAAACGUGGAAUACGCAACUUUCUACGUUCGCGUUAGAGAACAACAAACGUGUUUCCGUCCCUUGUCCUUCUCACGCAACCUGGGUUGAAGAACCUUCGGGGAAGACGAGAACACACCCGAAUACUGUACCUCUCCGCCCCUCCUCUCCGCCUGCCCCGUUACGCACAAUGCGCCGAGAGCUACAGCAGACGGUGGCGGCCGGGAUUUAAGGAAUCACAUGUGUGUUUGUCAUCGUCUCCACGGCCACACGGACACUGCGAUGCCAUCCUGACUUCGAGAAGGUUGUCGUGACUUCUGGCACCUAUAGAGGAAGCCUUGGUAUCCCGGGGUGAAUUCUAAGUUUCUCCAGCAGUCAACCCUCCUGGUAACACGCUGUGGCCCUUUGUGCCCUCUAUCCUCUUCUGAGUGGAUACCCUCCUCCGUCUUCCUAACGUGCGGUGCCCUGCUCUGGUAAAAGUGCAGGCCCCAUCUUCCAGCACAAUGACUGUGGCCACGGCCGACCCCUCGGAUGAGGCAUCUGCACACCCCGGCCUCCUUCAGGACUACGACCCCGAGGCGGAACAGGAGUGCUGUGAAAGAGUGGUCAUCAACAUCUCAGGUAUGCGUUUCGAGACGCAGCUCAAGACCCUCUCGCAAUUCCCCGAAACGUUACUCGGCGACCCCAAAAAGCGAAUGAGAUACUUUGACCCGCUGAGGAACGAGUAUUUUUUCGACAGAAACCGGCCCAGCUUUGACGCCAUCCUUUACUACUACCAAUCUGGUGGAAGGUUGCGCCGCCCCGCCAACGUGACUCUGGAUGUCUUCUCGGAGGAGAUCCGUUUUUACGAGCUGGGAGACGAAGCCAUUGAGAUAUUCAGGGAGGAUGAGGGGUUUGUUAAAGAAGAGGAGAGGCUGUUGCCUGACAAUGAGUUUCAGAAGCAGGUCUGGCUGCUGUUCGAGUAUCCGGAAAGUUCCGGACCUGCCAGGAUUAUAGCGAUUAUAUCCGUUAUGGUGAUCCUCAUCUCUAUCGUCAGUUUCUGCCUGGAAACGCUACCCAUCUUCCGGAGCGAUGAAGAAGAGAUGCACAAAGUCCCCGUUGCUGUCUCUAACACCACAACCAGUUACACGUCCAACUACUUCACAGAUCCAUUCUUCAUUCUAGAGACGCUAUGCAUCAUCUGGUUCUCUUUCGAAUUCUUGGUUCGCUUUUUCGCCUGUCCGAGUAAAGCCAACUUCUUUGUGCACAUUAUGAACAUGAUUGAUGUGGUGGCCAUCAUCCCAUACUUCAUCACUUUGGGCACAGAGCUGGCGGAGACGGCAGAGGACAGUCAACAAGGACAACAAGCCAUGUCCCUUGCCAUUCUGAGAGUCAUCAGACUCGUACGUGUCUUUAGAAUCUUCAAACUUUCCCGGCACUCUAAAGGACUUCAGAUUCUUGGCCAGACCCUUAAAGCCAGCAUGAGGGAGUUAGGCUUGCUCAUCUUCUUUCUUUUCAUUGGAGUCAUUUUGUUUUCUAGCGCCGUCUAUUUCGCUGAGGCGGACGAACCCGAGUCACAGUUCUACAGUAUCCCGGAAGCCUUCUGGUGGGCUGUGGUGACAAUGACCACCGUUGGUUAUGGAGAUAUGGUGCCCACCACCAUCGGAGGGAAGAUAGUAGGAUCCCUCUGUGCCAUAGCCGGCGUGUUGACCAUCGCCCUGCCCGUGCCUGUCAUCGUAUCCAACUUCAACUACUUCUACCAUCGAGAAACAGAGGGCGAGGAGCAAGCGCAGUAUCUCCAGGUCAACGUCCCCAAAGCCGACUCCCAAGAGGAGUUGAAGGGCAGUCGAAGCGGAUCCACGAUCAGCAAAUCUGACUACGUGGAGAUAGAAGAAGGCAUUAACAACAGCAAUGAAGACUUUCAAGAGGAGAGCCUCAAGACAGCAAACUGCACUCUAGCCAACACAAAUUAUGUUAAUAUUAAAAAAAUGCUGACUGAUGUGUAGGUAAUGGUGAGUGUAUUGAAGACGGGUGGUCAAAUCAGACUUAUGAAAAGAAGCCACGUUGCGAGAGGAUUAUGGGGUCAAAACACCUCAGUUAUUGACGUCUUUCAUCUUACUUCUGUCCACAAUCCAGGUAUUCAUCAAUGUCUGCAUGGACACCUUAUCCUAAGCCAAGUAUUCUAUGGAACAACAUAAAUCAACUGUCAGUCUGUAUAUCUACGUCUUACUCGAAAAGUCAAGCUUCGCCAAAGAAAACCCAUUUGUGUGCUUCAUCUGCUUUUAAAAACAUCUGCACAUGCAAAGAAUAUACAACCAAGAUAAAUCACUCAAGUCUAUUCUGCUGCUACCUGUUGAUGUCCAAAAAGUCAACGAAUGUUAACGACUGCUGUUAAAAAGUGUUAAUAAUUCAAAAUCAGUAGGCCUAUGGAUAACGCUGCAAAGCUUCUGAAGACAAGCUGAAUGUCAUAUUUUACCUUAUUUACAGUCUGUGGUGUUUGAAUCAUUUUCUGUGUACACCAUCUGCCAAGUCUUUAGCAUCCAGUCAUCUUUUCUCUUUCAUCUUUUUACGAACACAACAUACUGUAAAGAUGUUAAAUGAAAACAAGCUAAGUGCCACAGAAACAAAAAAUGCUUCAUGUAUUUCACGUAAGAGCAUACUGUUCGGCGUAUAUUUUUAUUGUUUCUGCUGCGAGCUGCAGAGAUAGUGCAAAACGUAGUUGAUAUUCAAAUUAAAUAGUCGUUAAAUGGGCCAUAUUGUAGUUCACACCUUAGCAAAUGGUUGGCAAACCCAUACAGCACAGUUGUAGCAAUGAUUUCAGAUUAUUUUCUGGCUUUGCUUCUUGGCUUUGUCUAUCAUCUUGAAAUUUCUUUCAGAUGUUAGGAAAACCUCGGUGGAGCUUGUUUUAGAUAAGAUAUCUCUUUUUUACGACCUUAGAUCUAGAAAUCGCACCGAUUUAAAGGUGCUGCAUGACCUCAAAACCAAUUCCAAUGGCAUGAAUUUUCAAGUCAAGAGAAAGUGAUAUACAGAAAAUAGGUAGCUAGAUAUCAUAUUAAUACGUAGCUUAAUCUGUGUAUAUAUCUAUUUUUUUAAUAUAAUUUCAUCGUAAUCCAAAGGCGCUGCUUUUAGGUUUCAGAUCUGAGAGAACAGCAGGGAAAAGUAUACAAGGGCAGAAAAUGGCUAUAGAUUACUUGCUGAGUGCAUAUGAAAUGAAACAGAAACGUCAUGUUUGAUUUUUCAGCAAAACUGAUUUUAAAUGCAAUGUCCAAUAAAAAUACAUUUUAUCUGAUAAUACUACUACAAAAUGUCAAAAAGUCCAAAAACACAUUUAAAUGAGCAAUGUGGGACUUUUAGGAGGAUCUAUUGACAGAAAUGCAAUUUAAUAUACAAAACUAUGUCUUCAGAGGUGUAUUAAGACCUUACGUAAUGAACCAUUAUGUUUGUAUUACCUUAGAAUAAGCUAUUUUUUAAUCUACAUACAGAGCGAGCCUACAUACAUAGAAUUCGCCAUGUUGCGCGCCAUGUUUUGUACAGUAACCAUAAUCGGACAAACAGCUCUACAAAUCUUCUACCCUGCGGUACGAUGUCCUGCAGUACUAACUUACUCCUAACUGCUAUCUCGCUCUUAGAUCUAACGCCUUGGCUUUAACAGAGUUGCUUUACGUUAGCUAGCUCUGCCCUCAAACGAGCUGUGCAAUGCAAGCAUGAAAUGCUUAGCUUUAUCAUAGCUUAGAUCACGCAAAUAAUAUUGCAAAUGAAUAAAAUAAGCAAAGACAAAACGAGUAUAUACAAGCAGCACACUGGUUCUAGAUCAAUAAUGACGCUCAAAACUGCUCCGUUACACAGCUAACACAACAACAACAUCAACAUAUCUUGGUUCUAACAAACAGAAAAAACAACGUUACUCACAAACUGAUCCAUAUCAAAGCAACCUCCUCAGGGGUGGUUUUUAGACAAUCUUUCUCUCCGUCUCUCUGCUGGAAAGUAUCUCCGCUAAAAGCCUUCGCCAUAGUACCGCGGGUGCUAACACGUCUCUUCUGGAAAGUCUUUAUAAUAUUAACGCAGGUCCUUGCUCCUGCCUGACUUUUAUCCUUCUUUUUAUACUUAAAAUCCACAGACCCUUUAUUUUUAUGUAAUAAAUAAGACAUCGCUCCUUCUACAGUCUUUCUAAUGCCCGCUUGUUCUCUGCCCUUCAUCAACAUGAGCAGACACGCUGUCUCAGCCGACGACAUAUUUUUGUACUGUGGCAGCCACCGUCCUGUUUCGAGAGGGAGGGGUGAGCGGAGGACUGAGAGAUUGGUUGCAAUUCUCAAACUCACUGCUAGUGGCCGCUAAAAAUCCCACCCCAGACCUUUAAAAACAAAAUUUGCUUUCAUUAUACCAAAAUAGCAAGUUGUGUUAUUAAAAAUAAGUUGUAUAAAUAGAUUUUUGGAUUUUUGAAAUAGUGUUGCAUCCAGUCGCAACUGUUGUUUCCUCUCAAGUUCAACAUAUAGCUGUUACCAUGGCAACAUCAUGUCAUCUCUCACAUGCUUCUGGUUCCUCAGUGAUAUCUGUGUACCUUCAGAAGGUCUCUCACACACAUUUUCCACUUUCUCACCUAGGUCACAGGUGCCUUUAUCUUAUGGCCUCUAAUGGUUUAUUUUAGUGAACCUUAUGUGCUGAUGCCGCUAAUGUGGUUGCGGAAACUGCUUUCACAGCUGCUGCUAAUUCUGUGUUUCUUUCAAUUCAGACAGGAGUGGACAUUACUGCAAUGUGCAAAGUUUUAAUAGUUUUAUUAGACCCACGGUGCAUAGCAGUGCCUAAGAAAUAUACUUAAGUUAAACCUGGUAUCUUUAAUGCAGGCAAACAGUUUGGGUUUAUUUAUUUUUUAUGCAUGAUACUGGGCGGUAUGAUGCUGGUGUGACAGAUGUAUCAUCUUAAGCCAAAUGCAUAAACUUGUGCGUUCACAGACAUUUCUGCAAAUCACAAUCAUCACACCUGUGUCACGUUUGAGUUUUGUUUUGAUUCCUAAAUGUCAUUGGAAAAGCUACAUGACAGCAUUGAAUGUCACAGUGCUCAUUUGUAAGCAUUUUUAAAUCAGUGUAUUGCUGUUUAGAAAGAUGGCUAACAUAUGCAAUUUUUGUUAUAGUGUUCACAAAUGUUUAAUAAAAAUGUCAUAUAACAUAUAACCAUGAGGCCACAUUCUCACAUACAACAUUAGAUUCAAUAUAUUAAUGUAUUUACCAACAAGUAAAACUUGCAAGUAAACAUAAUUACUUUGAUUUAAUUUAGGACAGAAAUGCCCAUUUAAAUUUUUAACAGUAUAACAGUUGCAUAAUUUUAUUUAAAUUAAACCGUAAAACUGGAAAUUUGGUGAUAUAAAAAUAGAGGGCAGCACAAUUUUUUCCCAGGAAUGAAUUGGAUUGUUAAAUUGGUACGUCCGCACCAGAAUGGUGCUUGUUUCAUAAAACAUACUAAUUUGAUAAAACAGUGCUUAAAUAAGCAUUUGGCUUAAUAAGCUCUAUCACUGCUAAAUGAUAUUAAGUAUUCAUGUCACCUUACGCAUUCGGAUACAGCGUUUUCAUUGAAGUUGGAAGAAAUGUGGUACCAUGGUUUGAAUAUCUUUGGCCUUGAGGUUGUGUGUGUGUACAUCAGAGGUCGAGUCUGCAAUGAAAGAAAAAUACGAUAUCUCUCUACUAUUGAUCAGUUAUGCAAUACAGUGUCUAUGUGUGUAUAUCUGUGUAGCUUUUCGGAACCUAUAUAUAUCUUAAAUUCAACAGCGUGACUGAAGAAGUCUCAAAAAAUUCUUCAUCUGGUAAAAAUCAAGUUCAUUUUAAGCCAUUGUGGCUGCAGAGGAUGAUACCCGAAUCAGCCCCUUAGGCCCGUUACACUCAUGAUAGUGAAAUCUAGUCUGUAAUAUUCACUCUACAAUGCAGUCUUGUUUUCAGAGCAACUGUUGAAAAAAAAGUUUUCAGUGUUACUGGAUCAUAAAGAUGCACUUUUACAAGCACCUCCAAUGUACAAUCUAUGGACUGCUAGAUGCAUAUAACCAAUAUCAAUAUCAAAUGAUCAAUACUGUCUUACAGCAACUACAAAAACUAAAAAGAUAAAUGAAAGUGUACUGCUUGUUCAUUUCAGUCAAUCUUGUUCUUUUCUUCUGUGUGUGUUUAGUCAGUCAUUCAAAGGGUCAAUCAAGGGUCAUUCAAAUCUCAUCCAUAAAUAAAAAUUCUGACAUCAUUUAUUUAACCUCAUGUCAUAUUGUCAAGAUAUUUUGAGAAAUGUCUCAGUGGUUUUGUGUCCAUGCAAUUGAAA